AUGGCGGCGCCCAGCGCCGGGGGAGCGGCGGCGGCGGCGGCCGGGGGGACCCGAGGGCGGCCGCCCCCCGUCACCCCCCGGCAGAUCCGCGACCUCAUCGACGGCGGCAUCGCCAGCGAGGGGCCCGGGCCCGGCGGGAAGGACACGUCGGACUGCUCGGAGCGCGCCAAUGGACCCUCGCAGCCGGAGGCUCCUUCCCUGGAGUCUGCCAGCAGGGAGGCCUACUUCAGCAGGGUGGAAACGUUCACCCCCCUGAGGUGGGCGGGCAAGCCGCCGGCGCUGUCCCCGCUGGUGUGCGCGCGUUUCGGCUGGGUCAGCGUCGAGUGUGACAUGCUCAGGUGCUCCAGCUGCCAGGCCUACCUGUGCAUGAGCCUGCAGCUCACCCUGGACCUCAGCAACUACAAGGAGCGCUGUGAGGAGCUCAGGAAGGCGCUGAGCACUGCCCAUGAGAAGUUCUGCUUCUGGCCAGACAGCCCCUGCCCAGAUCGCUUUGCCAGGCUCCUGGUGGAUGAGCCCCGAGUUCUUCUCCAGGAUUUCCUGGAUCGCUUCCAGAGCCUGUGCCAGCUGGAGCUGCAGCUGCCCUCCCUCAAACCAGAAGACCUGAAGAACAUGUCCCUGACAGAGGAGAGGAUCACUCGGCUGCUGCAGCUCAUCGGGGAGGAGCUGGAGCACAAAGGCACGGAGGGGGAGAAGCCUCCUGGGAAGGUUCCCACGGAAAUGCUGCAGGUGCACGUUCCUGCCUGCAUCCUGGCGCUGUGCGGCUGGACCUGCAGCGCUGCCUCGGGCUCCAUGAACCUGUCGGUGAUCACCUGCUCCCGCUGCAUGAGGAAGGUGGGGCUCUGGGGCUUCCACCAGCUGGAGUCUGCUGCAGCUCCAGAGCUGGAUUCCUGUGGCUCCAGCAGCACCACCCCGCCCGUGCCCACCUCCCCUCGCAGGAUGCUGACACGGAGCCAGGACCCAGCCUCUGAGCAGCACGAGAAGAGCCCGUCCCCAGCCGUGGCGCGGCCCCGGGGCUGGGACUCGCCCGGCUCCAUGGACAGGGGCGAGCUGGACGUGAGCAGCCCCGCGCUGAGGAGCCGGCCCGUGACGCGCAGCAUGGGCCAGGGGGACACCAUGGAGGUGCCGUCCAGCCCCGUGCGCCGCGCCAAGCGCGCGCGCCUCUGCUCCUCCAGCGGCUCGGACACCUCCCUGAGGAGCUUCUUCCACCCCAGCUCCCAGCACCGCGAUUGGUGUCCCUGGGUGAGCACCGGGGAGGGACAGGAGCCCCCGGAGGACGCUGCGCCCCACACGGACAAGGAGCCUGGGAGGGCCGAGCCAGGCUGGGAGGUGGUGCUGAAGAGGCUCCUUGGCAUCCAGAAGUGUGACACAGUGCCCGAAACGGAGCCGGUGAGCCUCUCGGAGAAGUCCUGCAAGGUGUUCCGCAUUUUCCGCCAGUGGGAGAGCAUGAACUCCUCCUCCUCCUGAGCACGGGAGCCAGCCCGGGGCAGGGGACACGCCCACGGGGACACAGCCACGGGGACACACCCACAGGGGACAC